AUGUCCCAGCCCAAUGAUAAGGUGCUCGAUGAUAUCCGUACCAAAAUCGAUCGGGAGUUCAAGCUUAUUCAGGGCUUCCAGGCGGUCAAGCGGAGCUCUUCCAACCAGGAAGUGAUCCAGCGGUGUAAUAAUCAGAUCCGCGAGACCCAGACCAACAUCGACUAUCUCAAGGAUACAUUAAAGAAACUCCUGAUUCAGGCUGAAAAUCCAGCCACACAGUCUGAUGCCUCGUCGUCUACAAGACCUCGGGUCACCUCCAUGGCGAAACCACUCUAUUCCCGAUUUGAUCUCAUCAAGUACGAUUGUCCAUCACUCGGUCAUAAGAUCCAGUACAUGCUCCAGCAGCUACAAUUCAAAUUGCAGGUGGAAAACCAGUACCGUGCGGCCAACGAGAAGAUCUCUCACUUGUAUUUGAUGGACGGCGAUAAAUCGUCGUCUAGCGCUGCAGAGGGUGGGAAAUUCGAAUCGGACCAACGUAUUCAGUUGCUCAACAAGUCCUUGAAGAAGUAUCAGGGUAUGCACGUGAAUGUGGAGGAAAUCAAUCGGGAUAUGGAGGUCAUGAAUACCCCUAAGUUUGCUAGGAAACCUUUAACUGGUCGCCUUACAAUCACCAUCACUUGUAUCCGAGACAUUGACCAUAUCGCGCUGCCCAUGUUCAAUAAAAAACCCGAGUCGAUUGUUUCUGUCAAAGUGGAUGAUGUGGAAAUGGCCAAAACUAACGGUUCACGCGUGGGUAAAUUCAACGAGGAGUUCGUAAUCGAAGUCGAUAAGGCCCACGAGAUGGAGAUCACAGUGUACGAUAAGUCUGGAAACCAACGCAUUCCCGUUGCUUUAGCAUGGGUGCUUCUUUCGGAUAUAGCCGAGGAAAUUAGAAAAAAGAAGGUCGCCACCGAAUUGGGCGACGACGGCUGGAUCCCAGCACUGAGUUUACCGGGUCAACCAACACAUGGAAGACCAAACAUCCAGCACGGCCAAUCGCACGGAUCUAGAGACUCUGGAAGUGGCCUGGAUGGCAUACUUACCAUCGACAAUAAUGAGAACAGAUCCUCCUCAACUGAUGCGAAGGCAGUACAGAUUUCUGCUUGGGUGAAUCUCGAGCCUGUGGGCCAGAUCCUACUUAAUCUAAGCUUUGAGAAGUCCCAGACAGUGGGUAAGUCCAACUUCAUGGGAGCAUUGGGUCGUCACGGUGCGAUUCGUCAGAAGAAAGAAGAGGUGUUCGAGCAGCAUGGCCAUCAAUUUGUACAAAAGCUGUUCUACAACAUUAUGUGCUGUGCGCUUUGUGGAGAGUUCUUGCGUUAUUCUGGUUACCAAUGUCAAGACUGUCGGUUCUUAUGUCACAAGAAAUGCUACCAAAAAGUUGUCACCAAGUGUAUUCUGAAGUCUGGAACUACGUUCGAUGAUGAGGCCAAAUUGAACCACCGUAUUCCUCAUAGGUUCGACCCUGUGCUGAAUAGAGGAACCAAAUGGUGUUGCCACUGUGGUCAUAUUUUGCCAUGGGGCAGAAAGAAUGUCCGCAAGUGUUCAGAAUGUGGUGUCAUGUGUCACACGCAGUGUACUCAUUUGGUUCCUGACUUCUGUGGUAUGUCGAUGGAGAUGGCCAAUAAGAUUUUGACCACCAUCAAAUCAACGAAACCAACGAACAAAUUACCAAAACUGCCAAAUGGCAGGGUGAACAAUGCAAUUCAGAGCACAAGACAACUGUCUGAAUUGCUGCCUCAGAAACCAUUGCCUCACACACCUCUGGCCUACGUUCCACAACAGACGCACAAUACCUCAAUGGACCAAACGAAUUACUCACAGCGCUCUAAACAGCCAGCUGAAAUCGAAGAUGAAGAUGAUCGUGACUAUACCGCUACGUUGCCUACACAGAAGUCCAAUCAGUUCCAGCCAUCAGUGGAGUCUCCUUAUACUAGGAAGAUGGGCUCUAGGCGGCCACCUCCUCCUCCAGAGGAGCCUUCACAAGACAGAUACCCAGAGGUACAGCCCUAUACACUGAACCAUUACUAUAGUGCUCCAAAAACAAUGGCAACACAUGAACCAAGACAGAGUUCCACACCAUCGGAGUCGGUGAAUCCAUUCGAUGUGCCAGCUAUCGAAGAACAAAGAGACGGUACCUUCGGUGCAAAAUAA